AGAGGAGCCGGACAAAUCUGAAAGAAGCUUGGGAACGAAUAGCAAGAGAAAAGGCUUUGUUAUUCGAGAGCUCUCAUUUUACGCUUUGCAGUUUGCAGGGUCAUCGAAAUAAGAGAGACUCACCACAGCUCCCCAACAUCCCCAAGAGUGAAUUAAACUGAGUGCAAGCCAGGCGAAAUUAGCUGUUUUGAUUUCCUUUCCUUUCCGCCCUUGAAGGUUAGAAAGAUCAAGUGAUAAGGAAGAGCAAACAAGUCAGAGAUGUUCUCAUUGUUUUAUGGACUUUGGAAGUACAUGUUUAGUAAGACUGAGUUUCAUGUACUCAUUCUUGGAAUUGACAAGGCUGGGAAAACAACUUUGUUGGAAAAGUUGAAGUCAGUGUACUCAAACUUGGAAGGCCUAUCCCCUGAUCGAAUUGUUCCUACUGUAGGACUCAAUAUUGGUCGCAUUGAAGUUUCAAAUGCAAAACUUGUGUUCUGGGACCUUGGAGGUCAGCCUGGUCUUCGUUCAAUUUGGGAGAAAUAUUAUGAAGAAGCACAUGCCGUGAUCUAUGUAAUUGAUGCUGCUUGUCCAUCACGUUUUGAAGAUUCAAAAUCUGCUCUAGAGAAGGCUCUUCGACAUGAGGAUUUGCAAGGAGCUCCUCUAUUGAUACUAGCUAACAAGCAGGAUCUUGCUGAAGCUGUAUCAGCUGAAGAACUUGCUCGUUAUCUCGAUCUUAAAAAGUUGGAUGAAAGGGUCUACAUGUUUGAAGCUGUUUCAGCAAAUGAUGGGAUGGGGAUGAAAGAAAGCAUAGAAUGGCUAGUCGAUGCAAUGGAGAGAAGCAAGAGAACUGAAAAGUUGAGAGUUCGUGCAGGUGUAAAUGGCUCUGCUACCGCAUAAAAGAGAGUAUAUCACAUUGCAGUUGUUUUUUCCCCUGUUCUUUUUAUCUUCUGUAGAUAAAUCAAGGUCUAAUAUUUGAUUCAACAUGAUUACAAAGUAAUAUUUUUGUUUUGAAAAUCUCUUCAAACAGACUAGUAUUGCUCAUUUUAUUGA